CGGACCGCGUUGCAUCGUGCAGCAAUGUGCGGAGACACGGAGAGGAUCAGGGGGCUGCUGGACGGAGGCCUGGACACGAGAGCGAGGGAUGUGCGUGGAAAUACGCCCCUCCACCUGGCUCUGUUGUCGGGGAAAGAGGCCGCGGCAGAGCUGCUUGUGGACGCCGACUGCCUCACGCAUGUCGAGGAUGAAAAUAGGUUCACCCCUCUGCAUCUCGCUGCCUGGAGGGGGUAUGUGAAUGUCGUCCGUAUGUUGCUCGCGGGAGGGGCGAAAGCAAGUGCGAAAGACGGAGAUGAACGGACGCCCCUCCAUCUUGCCGUGUACUGGGGGAGGGAGGUCGCGGCGGAAGUGCUGCUGGGGGCCACCCCCGAAUGCGACGGGCCAGACUGUCACGGCCGCACCCCCCUGCACUACGCUGCGAGAGAAGGUCUCGGGAAUGGAGCGAGAGCCUUGGUGUCGAGGGGUGCGCGUCUGGAGGCUGAAGAUAGAUAUGGACACUGUCCCCUGUAUUUAGCCUUAACGGAAGGAUACGACGGUGUGGCGAGGGUGCUCCUGGCGACGUACGCGUGGAGGGACAUAGAAAUACAUUGGGAGGAGACGGGGCUCCCGCAGGAUGACGUGGAGCGCGGCAUCCGGCUGCUGUGCGAGGCCGAUAUGAGGGAGGCCCGGGUGGAGGGUUCCCGCCUCUCCCUCCGCGACCUCGCCCGCCGACACCCCUCCCGCCUGGCCCGGCGCCUCUCCGACGAGGCGAUCCGGCGGCUCUCGGACCGGGACCUCCUGGCGCGGGACUUCCCGCUCUUCGGCGACCUCCUCCUCGUCCGGCUGGGGGAGAUCCGGGAGCGGAGGGCCCUGGAAGACCGCUUCCUGCGCUGCUUCCCCCUCCUCUGUUCGCCCCUGCCCACCACGUGCACCGACAUCCUCCUCGCGUGCCUGGCGGACGACGACCUGAGGCACUUCGCCCGGGCCGCGGAGCUCUAGUCCCCGAGAUUCCCUUCGGGUGCCUCGGGAAAGGGAAAAUAAAGAUCACGGGACUUUGCUCGAACUGUAUGAACCUCUUGUUUCUGAAUGUAGAAAGUGCUCGAAAUAGUUUACUGAACCUUGUCUGCCGGAUAUGUGCCUCUGGGAGAUUUGUAUUCAUGAACAACAGUUUAUCUUAAUCAAACAUUGUCAUUCUGGUCCAGAAACCUUUCAAAUAGCUUGUACAUCA